AUGGAUUCGAAUACUCCCACAGAAAACGGCGGUUACGCCGACCUCAAUGACGAGAAUGGCGACAAUCUUGACGACCUUUUCGCUAUCGACGAUGGAGGCUUUGAUAUUGAGCAAGACACAGACAAUGUGCAACCAGGCGUGACAUACGACGACUUCCUUCCCACCGAAUUACCCAACGACCAAAGUAUAGAGAAUGCGGAAUUGAGUGCCCUUUUGCAGGAAGGAGUGGCAGAAGACGUUGAGGGUAUUGACCUGGAUGCUCUAAACAAUCGUCCACUCGAGAUAGGCGAGAAGGCCAUCGAUGCUGUUGAUUAUGACGACAUUGGCGACGAUGAUCUGCCUGAUGAGGUAGAGAUGGGAGGACCGGUACAACCUCCCGACACCUUUCUGUCCGGUAUUCGUGAAAGUGCUGCAGAAUCUGAUAUCGACGACCUAUUUGGCGAUGGUGAUGAUGAUCUGUUUGGAGACACAGGACAUGAUGAUCAAGGGGAUGGUCGAGCCAGAAGCAUAGAAGACAACACUGCAGGCAGCAACCAAGCUCCUGCUAAUGGAGGACUCUUGCGUGCACUAGCUGAACGAGAUGCCACAAUGACAGAAGAAGAGACACGCCAAUGGGUACUCCAAGAGGCCCUGCUGUCUCGGGAACCUGGACAGUUUGGACGACCGGAUAUCGAUGACAUGGAUGUAUGGAUGCACAAGAAUUUCCCAGCCUACGACCCUACUGAGGACGCUCCCUUCUGGAACAGAAUUCUACCACCAAAGCCUGCAACUUACGUUGUCAAGGACACAAAGACCAAGAAACCUCGACCAAUUCGCCCUACCAAAGUAACGCUAGAUAUCGAGCCUGAUCAGAAACUUCUUUUCGCUACUCCAGCAGCUAUUGCACUUCCGUUCGAACGUCGCGCAGAUUAUGUAUAUAUUCCGGUGGGUGUGACACAGGAGCGGUUCGAUCCUUUAGACGAAGAGCAAUCUGACGACGAUUUACCUAAUGGAUUGACCAACGAAGACCUCGAUCUUAUGUGUACUGACUUCGAUACGUUGUCUCAUCUGGCGGACGAAGACAGUGUCUUCUCAACAAGACCACAAGCUGUUGAUGAAGAUGCAAGCAUGUCAGAGUACGAGAACGAUUUCGACGACUCUGAGAGGCCAAUCAAGAAACGUCGUAUUGGUUUAGGUGCUAACGACAUCGUCACGAUCCAUCAAUUCGAAAUCCCUUCUUUUGACGAUCCCGAGAGACUGACAGCGAAGAUCGCGCGCGAGGUAGUACUCGAUCUGAAUGACACGACACUUUUGGUUGAAGAACUUGAUCAAGACGCUUCUAGACAACGUGCCAAACCUGGUGAGAGUCGAUACCAAAUCGCGACAAUUAAGGAUCGCCUAGCACGACGCUUCAAGACUUCGAACGAUGCGUCCUAUAACCUACUGCAGCAGAACCAAAAGAAGGUUAGAGGACAGCUAACCAACAUGGCGAUCGACCAUUCGAUUCCCGCGAUCCGCUUACAGUACCCUUAUUAUCAGGUCAGGUUGCCUGCGAAAGAGUUGCGAAAUUGGCACAGGAAACAAAUCUUGUUCAAAGGCGGCGUUGCGUUCCACAAGGUCAACAAACAGAAGCGCAAGGAAAUCAAGAACAAGCCAAUUCAGCAGGCCUUCGGGAAGACGCGGGAUCUUUCCGUGGCCGACAACUCCUAUGCUCUCCUGCUCGAAUAUUCUGAGGAACAUCCUGUCAUGCUCUCACAGACUGGAAUGGGUAACAAAGUCGUCAACUACUAUCGAAAAGUGGACGCUAGCGAUACACAACGACCGAAAGCCGAGAUAGGGGACACAUCUGUGCUAAUGCCUGAAGACAAGUCUCCGUUCAAUAACUUUGGACAUAUUGACCCAGGUCAGGCCACAUUAGCAAUAUACAAUAGUAUGUAUAGAGCUCCCAUCUUCAAGCAGAGCCAAGCAUCAACGGACUUUCUCAUUGUCCGCGAGGUGACUGGUAUGAACGGUCAAUUGCACUACCUGCGUAACAUCGACUAUCAAUAUGUCGUGGGACAAGAGCUUCCCAGUGUACAGGUUCCUGGACCUUCUGCUAGAUUAGUCACAACUGUGGCCAAGAAUCGGCUGAAGGCAAUUUCAUUCCGUAUUGCACGAAGGAAGAAGAGCCAUCGGCUGCGCGUCGAAGAAGUCACUCGCCACUUCCCAGAGACAAAUGAUAUGCAGAAUCGCCAGAAAAUGAAGGAAUUCAUGCAAUUCAACAAGGAACAGAAGGAGUGGGAAAUGAGAGGCACCGAGCAAAUUCCGGACGAAGAAGAGAUUCAGAAGACGCUUGUGCCCGAGGAGAUCUGUCUUCUUGAAUCCAUGCAAGUCGGUAACCAGUAUCUGCAUGAUUCGGGAUACGCAGACGAUGAUGCGGGUGGAGACGACGACAAGGACGAUGACGAGAAAGACGACAAACAAGAUAUAGCCAUUGAAAGACAACUUGCGCCCUGGAAGACAACUAAGAAUUUCAAGCUAGCUACGCAAGGCAAGGCUAUGCUUCGCCUGUAUGGCGAUGGAGAUCCUUCCGGUCGAGGUGAAGCAUUCUCGUUUAUUAAGACUAGCAUGAAAGGUGGCUUCAAAGCUCAGGGUCUUUCGGCGAACGAGAAUGUGGCUAGCCAACGAGGCAAGGAGGCUGGUCUGGGUGGGCACACCUAUAACGUGGCUCGUCAACAACAAGCCUACGAAGAAUCGAUUCGCAAGAUCUGGAACAGGCAGAGAGAUGUUUUGUCUUCUGUGGACGAAGCUGAAGACAUCGACGAAGAAGGCGUUGACGGUCAGCUUGAUGACUUUGCUCGAUCCCGAAACAUUCGAGCUACACCGGCAUCUGGAUUACAGACACCAAGCGGCAGACGGCGAGACGACGAGACAGGCACUUCUUUCAGCAAACGUAGUGCCAACUCGCAAGCUCAAAGAUAUCUUCGAAUCAGACGCAGAGUGUGGGAUGCCAGCGCCGAUGCAUACGAAUGGAGAGAAGUCGUUGAAUCAGAUCCGCAGGUUAUCAAGAUGUACCUCAAGCGGAAAGAAAAGAUGGAGGUUCAAAAUCUGUCCCAGGCACUACCAACCGGCGAUCAUCAAGUCGAUGCGCUUAAUAGAAAAAAGCUUGAAGACGAACUCGCUAGACUCGAGAACAACCGUAAGGCAAAACGCCGCAAGAAGAACCGACCAUCCGAAGCCACCAUCGAUGGCGACCAGACCGGAGCAGACGGCAACGGUGCUGAUCCUUCAACUCCCGCUCCUAGCAGCGGCGGCAGAAACAACGCUGGAACACAGCGCAAAUGUGCCAACUGCGGCCAAGUCGGCCAUAUCAAGACAAACAAAAAGUCAGUAAACUCUACCUGCAAGCGCUGUGGAUUUGAUCUGGUAAAGAAGAAGACGGACGACUUUGGGAAAGCCUUGUCCUUUGAUUUUGCUAGUCUCCAGCACCAUGAGACAUGA